AGGGCCUUGUCGUCCUGACAACCCGCGAGCGUUUGUCCUCACAACCUGGGAGCGUUUGUCCUCACAACCCUGAGCUCCGACUUGGCCGACUACGGUGGUAGUGUCUGUCUCAGCAUGGGUCCCAAAGCAAAAAAAAAGUCUGGCAGUAAGAAAAAGAGAAUCACCAAAGCCGACCAGUUGAAGCAGCUACAAGAGGAGGAGGAGAGACGACAAAAGGAGGAAGAGGAAGCCCGUGUGAAAUACGAAAAAGAAGAAAUGGAAAGACUUGAAAUACAACGAGCUGAGAAAGAAAAAUUGAGAAAACUUGAAGCAAAAGAUCUAGAAAGAAGAAAUGGAGAGCUUGAAGAACUUUAUUUAUUAGAGGCAUGUUUUCCUGAAGCAGAGAAAUUGAAACGAGACAGUAGAUUGCUUUCUCAGUGGAAACAUUACAUUCAAUGUGAUGGGAGUCCUGAUCCUUCAAUAUCCCAAGAAAUUAAUACUUUCAUUAGCUUGUGGAAAGAGGAAACCAAUGAGACUUUUGAGGCAGUGACUGCGAAGAGUAAACUAGUGCUAAAUUUAAUUGAGAAAUUGAAGUUAAUUUUAUUGGAAACUCCAUCAUAUGAUUUGCAAGAGAAAAAUAUAAUACAGUACCAAGGAUCAAUUCUAGAACUGCAAGAGCUCCUUCAUCUUAAGUUUAACAUAGCCACAGAAAUACUUCUCAGACAGGCAUCCCCAACCCCUGGGUCGAGGACUGGUACUGGUCCGUGGCCUGUUAGGAACGGGGCCACACAGAAGGAGCAAGCUAGUACUUUAGCAGAUCUGGACAGUGGAAACAUGGAAAAAGUCAUUCGAGAUGAAAAUGUUACUGUAUAUGUAUGGGCAAACCUCAAGAAGAAUCCAAGGUACAGAAGUAUCAGAUUCUCUGAGACACAAACUGGAUUUGAAAUUCCAAGGAUAUUAGCAACAUCUGACAUUGCUCUGCGACUCCUACAUACUCGCUAUGAUCAUGUUACGCCAUUAGGCCCUGUUCCAACAGCAUCACAAGAACACACUUCCACGGUAACUUACUUUGGCAAAGACGAAGUUAAGAGUGUAGAAGCAGCAGUCAGCAAAGAUGUCCAAGAAGAGUAUAAAGAACAAGAAAAUGAGUCUAACUCAGUUCAUGAGGAAGAAACAAAAGUUGACGAACAAGGUGGUAUUGAAGGACAAACGAGUUCUGUCCAGGAAGAAUCUGAAGCCACAAAAUAUGAACUGGAGAUGAAAUUAUUAAGUGAAACAGUUUCAGCAGCGCAGUUGUUGCUGUUAGAGAAUGCCUCUGAAAAGCCAUAUUUCUUUGAAGAAAAUGAGGUUGAUUUAUGCCAAUUCACAGCUCUGGGUGGAGUGCACCACUUGGAUAUUUUGGAGCUUCCUCCACAGUGUAAACCGAGGAAGGGCUGGAUGAUUGUGGAAAUACUCAAAGAAGGAUUACAGAAAUAUACAUAUCCUCCAGAAACGGCAGAAGACUUUGAAACAGAAAACACUUUCCCACCCAUAGAGGUCAUGCUUGAGGUUCAUGAGAACGUAAUCUUUUUUGAGAAUCCCAUGGUUGCAAGGUGGGAUGCUGAAGGUAAACACUGGAAAACUGAUGGCAUCAGCAAUGUAUCUUACAAAUCGGAAGACAGACUUAUAACAUUCAGCCUGGACACUUUUGGCCCUGUUACCUUGAUUCAAGAUGCUCAUGUUAAUAUGCCAUACCAGUCAUGGGAGCUAAGACCACUUGAUGUGAAUAAAGUACUUCUGACUGUGACUACAGUAUUUACUGAGAUUCAAAUACAAAUUAAGGAAAACCUCUGCAUGUUAGCGUCCAUCAAACUAAAUAACCAAAAGCAUUCCUCUAUUUUGGAAGAAAAGUGGAUGACUCCUGUUUCUUUCAUUAUUGCUUUGAAAGAAGCUGGACUGAAUAUCUUCCCUACUGGACACUCUCACUUUUAUGUUGUUAUAAACUAUAAGCUUCCUUUGGUAGAAGUGAAAGCUUAUCGACAAAUGGCCCUGUUAAGUUCUGCUUUUGCGUUUGGUUGGAGCAAGUGGAAUACAGUAUGCAAUUCUGACAAAGUUGUAUUUCAGAGCACAGGCUCCGGAUGCGCAGGCUCAGCGGCCAUGACUCAUGGGCCCAGCCGCUCCGCGGCAUGUGGGAUCUUCCCGGACUGGGGCACAAACCCGUGUCCCCUGCAUCGGCAGGCGGACUCUCAACCACUGCGCCACCAGGGAAGCCCAGGAAUUUAAUUUUUUAAAGUAACUUUCUGUAUUUAGAAAAAUAGCAAAUGUUUGUUGUAGAAAAUUGGGAUGCUAGCCAAAGAACAAAUAAAAAGGGGAGAUUUACAAAGAACAUGUGUAAGUUAGUCAAUUCUCACCACUCAUAAUUAACCACUGUUGUUACUGUGAUUUUCCUUCUCAGCAUGUGCGUGUGUGUGUGUCUGUGUGUGUAUUAGUAACUACACUUUAAAAAGCAAAUGUGGAUGCUAUAUUUCUCCGUGUAUUUUUCAUUCAACGUAUCAUAAAAUUUUUCUCAUUAACAAUUGAUUUUACUCUUUUUUCUGUAGGUUUUUUGAGCAGUGCUAAAGUGGAAUAACGUCAAAGUGUCAUUUCUUCUUUCUCUAAAAAAUCUUAAUACUUUUAAACAUGUUUAUGAAGAUAUGUUUGGUAUAAAACUACCUAAAAUAAACUAUUAGUGGUCAGUGAGCUGGGAAGUAGCAAAUGGGUUGACUGUAUUUAGAUAAAAUCAUAUUAUCUAAAGAGGGGUCCUUUACCUGAACAAAACUUGUUUCAUGUUCAUGUUCCAUGUUUCGUGUUCACUGAUGAGUCCCUAGUUGGAUUUGAAUAUUGAAAUCCCAAACUUACAAUCCCCUCACAACUGCCAAAGGGAAUUGUGUCUCAAAGUUUUUUGUUUUUCAGUCAAACACCUACAGGGAAUGCAUGUGAUAGAUUUUAGUUUGGUUUUUAAAGGCAACAAAGCCCAAAAGCCAGAAUUCUUGUAGGAUUUUCAAGGUUUCAGUCUUCGUUUGCGAAAACUUUGCAGUAGAAAUCAUACCAUACUGACAAAAAUUUAAAAAUAGAUUAUAAUCUUUUCAAGGAAACUCUUGAUUUUUUUUUAACCCAGAUUAGAAAAUAUCCAUUAUGUUAACUCUAAAUCUAAAAAGAGUUCAGUACAUGCAAUUAGACUCCCAGGAUUAUUUAAGGAAAAAGUAAAGGCUUUGAGGGUAGGAACUAUGUCUUUUUCAUCUUUAUACCUCUUAAGCUUGAGCGUAGUGUGUCUCACAUAACAGGCACGCAAUGAACGUGUUAUAAAAUCAACAUAAAAUCAUUUCAUUAAGAUCUCUACAGACGAGGAAACUGAGACCAAAUAAUGCUAAGCAGUUUGUCCAACGUCACCCAAGGAUUUAGGGGCAGCAUUUCUUCUUCUCCCUCCCUCUUGCCCUCUACCUUUCAUUAUAGGAGUAUAUUUUAUUUGUUUAACUUGCUAGAGAUAGCAAUGUAGAGUUUUAUGUUUCCCCUCGUCUUCAUUUACUUAAAGGGAAGACAUGUAUAUAGAAUGCACAUAUAUUACAUAUUACAUUAUAUGUUGUAAAUAAUUCAUCUAAGUAGAUGAAAAGUUUAUUUCUGUGGCUCUUCGUUGACCUUUCCCCCUGAUGACAAGAAACCUAUACAGGAAAAAAAUUCUCUUCACAUAUCUGGCAAAUUCCAGGUUCUUUUCUAACUUAAGACCUCAAACCUUGAAGUACUGAGUGCUAUGAGAGUGAAUGUAUUAGCAAGUAACAUUUAUAUAGUACUUUAUAGUUCACAAAAGUCUUAAACAAUGAAUGAUCUUUUUGAUGAUGCAGCAUUGACCUCAUCUCCACAGAAUAAAACUGAUCCCCACUCUUUAUGCCCGGCACAUCAGGUUAAUAAACACAUCAAGCUUCACCUACUUCAGUUCACAUUUUUCUUCUUCAGCAUCUGCCCAGGAAUAGGUGCUAAUAAAUCGAUGUAAUGAGGGACGGUGUUCACUCUGCUUUGACCCCAAAAUACGCCUAAAUAAAAAUGAUUAUAGCCACUUGUCAAAUCAAAUACUUCUGUAGCCAUUACCAACUUAUUUCCCACUACCUAAAUCAAUACAAAAAUGAUACAUUCUUAUUUUUUCCUUGGCAUAUUCAUAUAAUGCUUAUUUCAUAAGAAAUAAUUUCAUGAACAUAUGCCAGUUUUUAUAAUUAUUCUGCAUAUACUCCAUGCAAAUCAAAUGUUACUAUAUCACUUAUUUCAAACAUUUACUUUAGCCCAGUUAUAAAACAGUAAGGUUCCCAAAGAGCAACCAGAAAAUUACACUUACCAACUGCUUGACCUCCUACUGAAUCGGUCAUUAUUUUCCAUCCCAGCCACCUUUAAAGUUCAGAUGUUAAGGAAAUAAUAAAAUAUGAAUUUAGUGUAGUAAAUUUAUAUUUCUGUCAUAUGGAAAUAAAUUUGCUUUUGACUAAGAACACUUAGGGAUUUGCUUACCAUUCCUGCAUUUCCAAUAUUUCUGGGCAAAGAGGCAAUGGUCACUCUUCGAAGAGAAGAUGGCUACCCAAAGGGGGAAAAUGUACACUUAGAAAAUUCUCAAUGUUUUAUCCUUGUAUGAAACACUGAUGGGUAUUCUUGAAUGUACACAUCCAUGUACUUGAUCACUGAUGAGUUAAACAGGAGACAUAUUUUCAAGGAUUUUGUUAUGGCCAAAUUGCCUUCCAGAAAUAUUCUGCCAAUUUAUAUUCUACCUUCUCCAACAAUGGAUAAUUUUUGCCAAUCAAGUAAGGAACAUAAGGCUUUCUGUUUAGGUUUCCAGUAACACUGAACACUGUUUUCCUAUGCCAAAUAACCCUGUAUGUAUCUGCUCUGAGAACCACCUGUUUAUGAUUUUUGCCUAUAUUAAUUUUGUUAAUGAUAUUUCUUGGCAGAAUUUUUUUAUUGUUAAUGUAGCCAAACCUUUUCAUCUCUUUCUC